CACGAGCGCAUGUCUGUUGUGAUUAGAUAAUGGAAGCUGACGCCUGAUGUUUCUGUGUCGCUGCAGAGUGAGCUGCUGUGAACCCUGCGAGCACAAGUCUCCCAACAGGAGACAAGAUGGCAUCCAACAACACCCUGCGCAGCUACUCCAUCAUCCCCUGCUUCAUCUUCGUGGAGCUCGUCAUCAUGUCUGGCACGGUGCUCCUGGCCUACUACAUGGAGUGCACGGACCUCUUCAGCGUGCACGUGCAGGGCUUCUUCUGCAACGACGCUGAGCUGAUGAAGCCGUACCCCGGGACGGAGGAGUCCAGCUUCGUCCCGCCCCUCAUCCUCUACUGCGUGGUGGCCGCUGCGCCCACCCUUGUAAUCUUUAUUGGGGAGGUUUCCAUGUACGUGAUGAAAUCAACGAGGGAAUCUCUCCUGGCCCAGGAGAAAACCAUAGUAACAGGAGACUGCUGCUACCUGAACCCACUUAUUCGCCGCAUCAUACGCUUUAUAGGUGUGUUUGCGUUUGGUCUGUUUGCCACGGACAUCUUCGUCAACGCCGGCCAGGUAGUGACCGGAGGUCUCUCGCCGUACUUCCUGUCCGUCUGCAAGCCCAACUACACCGGCACCGAGUGCCGCUUCAACCACCAGUUCAUCGUCAACGGCAACAUUUGCACCGGGAGCCCCGUUGUGGUUGAGAGUGCACGCCGGUCGUUCCCAUCCAAGGACGCUUCACUCAGCGUCUACUCCGCCGUUUACCUGACGAUGUACAUCACCAGCACAAUCAAGACCAAGUCCAGCCGCCUGGCCAAGCCUGUGCUCUGUCUGGGCACGCUCUGUUCGGCCUUUCUCACUGGCCUCAACCGAGUGUCAGAGUAUCGGAACCACUGCUCAGAUGUGGUGGCUGGAUUUAUUCUUGGAUCAGCCAUUGCAUUGUUUCUGGGCAUAUGUGUUGUGAACAACUUCAAAGGUGCUCACUGUGUGGCAGCCAAACAGAAAACUGAGGACUACCGUGGACUUCCUCUGAUGACUUUUCCCCGUGUAGAGAGCCCGUUGGAGACCCUCAGCGCACAGAACCAUUCGGCAUCGAUGACGGAGGUCACAUGACUAAGGGGGCAGCACCGGGUCACGUUUGCGUCUCCACAGCACUUCCAGACACAAUGACGAGGACGCAUGCCACGUGGCGCCGAAUGCUUACAAAAAACACUCCUGAUUUUUGUGUUUAAGUCACCCGGGGGACAGACCAAUCCAUGUUUGCAAGGUUUUUCAUUCAGUUGGGCUAUGUUCGACCCCCACCCUCACCAAGAUGCACAGAUCACAACGGUGCAAAAGUAUCACAAAGCCAACUUUUACUGUAAGCACAGGUUGUUUUUUCCAGGUAUGGGAAACCGUUCAAAACAUGGGAUGUUUUCGUCCUCCAAGAUGCGCUGUUUGUAGUUAGAGGAUGGUGUUUUGUACAUUUUUGUAUGAGCGAGUGCCGUAGCCUAUCCCGACGAUGUUUAACCCGCGCACAUCCUGUCCGCUGACUCGGCCUGUUUUACAUCACAUCCUGUCAGGUGAAAUGCCUCAUCAGUCACCGCGUCCAUUCCACUCAGUCUGAAAAACUGCAAUAGAAAAAAAAGAUAUCGAUGUUGUUGUUCUGUGGUGUUUGUCAUUUGUACAGCAAAAAGAAAAGACAGAAGCUUUCUUUUUAUUAUCUCUCUGUAAAUUAAUUGACCAUUAUUAGGUCGUAUUUUUUAAGGAUUUUUGUUAAUCUGUAUGACUAUUAUGAUCCAUUUGGACCUGUUUGCCUGCUGUAAACCUGGAUAUGUUUUGGUGUCAGUUUAGGUGAUUUGAGGAAAAACUCAAUGUGUCUGAAAAUGGGGCUUGAUAUCACCUGAGAUCUGUUACAAGGUUUCAAGUGUUAUUGGUUAAGAUGCUUUCUAUGAGUCUCUUUAACCUUUUAUUUCCUAAAUCACUCUGACAUUGCUAAGAAAAUCUUGGCAGAGAUAUCUCGCCGAGCUAGCCAGUGUAAAAGAUACAUAUAGAUUCUAAUCCUACAGUGUUCAGAGAUACAUCUGACUGACAUUUCAGUUAAAGAAACUCCUGGAAACAGAUAAGGGCAAAUAAAAUCUGGGAUAUGUGGAGUACAUAUUAGUGAUUAAUUUGAGGCAGCAUUAGCCCUUUUUAAGACUCCUGCUUCACUUUUCCUCCUUGAUGCCCCCCCCUCUCUAUCCCCAACCUGCCAGUGGAUUGUGAUGCAAUGUUGUGACUCCUUUUCCUAUUGGAAGAUAUGCCCAGCAUGAUGAGAGAUGUUUUAUAGAUAUUACUCAUUACCAUUGUGAAUAUAACUGUCUUUUACUUUAAGAAAAAAAAAGCAUUUAAUGAAAAAUGCAACAUAUUAUUUUUUUCAUGGUUUGUCCAAAAAUUAAAUAGUCAGUAGCAACUCUUUUCUCUCUUGUGGUUUUUUGUCACAUUGGACAAGGAAAAGUU